AUGUCUUAUGUCCUCUAUUCUCUCACAUUCCUAACACUCAUUACAUGCACAGCCCUCUAUCUAACCCGCACCUUCUGGCUCCCCCUCCUCCCCUUGCCUGACUAUCUCUAUUCCCGCCUCCCCGAAUCUUUCACUGGUGACAUGGAAGCUGGCCUCUCGUCCACCGACUUCGAUCUCUCUAACAAUAUAGAAACAGGUGAUGAGCGCAGGGGACUUGACCGCAUCGCCAAGCGUGAAGUUCUGAAGAUCAUGAAGCGGCAACAUGUGAAUUUCAAUGAGGCGAGGAGGAUUUAUACAGAGCGGCGCUUUGCGAAGAAUGGUAUUGGGCCUGAUGGAAGGCCGAGGGAUCCGAAGUUUGUUUCAUUUUCAUAG